AUGUGUAGCUUAUUUGUUGAUAUUUCUUACUUAAAGCUCUACAAUGUAAGUGAAAGUCUUUUGACACUCGACGACGACGACGACGAAGCUUACGAGUCAUCUUUUAAUCGCAUUGAGAAUGUUUUGCUUACGGACAGGAACUGUCGGAUUAUUUUGCACAUAGCAAUAGAAAUGCUACAAUGUCAGACUAAACUAACGACGACGUUUCAAUUGGAUUGUCAAAUUUGA